AUGACCGAGACUUCCAAAAAGCGCAAGAUCACUGCCAGUGGCAGUGGCGUUCAAAAACUUGCGACAUCCAAGGUUUUGUCACCAUUUCGUAUCGUUGGAAACGUCUCCAAUGCGGUUCCUUUUGCAGUGGGAACUUUAGGAAGCACCUUCUAUAUUGUCACCAGUGUGGGCAAAAGCUUUCAAAUCUAUGAUGCUAACAGCCUUCACCUGCUCUUUGUGAGCGAAAAGCAGACCGAUGCGUCAAUUACAUGUUUGGCAACUCACUUCCACUUCGUUUUUGCCGGUUUUGGCAACAAAGUUGGUGUCUACAGAAGGGGUCGUCUAGAGCAUUUGCUCGAAAUGCCAGAUUCUGAUGCAACGGUAACUGACAUUUGUGCUUUUGGCGACUUCAUGUGUGUCUCGUCAGAAAAAAAUGCGGUGUAUGUUUUCAAGCGUAACGGCCAGGAUAAAUUCGCUACCGCUUUUUACACCAAGUUUGAGAUCUCAAAACUUCAGGGAUCUGAUAUCGUUUCCAUUGUUCAUUUGCCAACUUACCUGAAUAAAAUCGUUGUUGUGACAAAGUCGAAUUUGCUAGUUUACAAUGUGAAAUCUGGUAAACUUCUUUUCACAGCCGAUGAGUUUCCUUACACGAUAACCACUGCUGAAUGUGCCCCUGCUCUUGAUAUGAUUGCUUUGGGCUCAACCACUGGAGAGGUUAUCUUGUACAAUGUGAAAAAGGGCCGCAAGGUGCGGACUAUAAAAACUCCUGUUCCCAUCUCUAGUCUUUCUUUUAGAACUGAUGGAGCAGCACAUUUGGCUGUCGGGUCUACCAACGGGGAUUUGAUCUUUUACGAUCUGGACCGUCGUUCGCGUAUACACAUCUUGAAAAAUGUGCAUCGGGAACAGUACGGCGGUAUCUCAAAGGCAACCUUUUUGAACGGCCAGCCUAUAGUGGUAACCUCCGGUGACGACAAUCAACUGAAGGAAUACGUGUUUGACCCAUCUUUGUCGCAAGGGGACGCAGAAGUUGUGGUCCAGCCACCUCGUUUCUUAAGAUCUAGAGGCGGGCAUUCUCAGCCUCCAACUUCCAUACUUUUUGCCGACCACGAGUCUCAUUUUCUUCUCUCUGCCUCUACAGACAGGUCGAUAUGGGGGUUUUCGUUACGGAAAGAUGCGCAGUCUCAAGAGCUCUCUCAAAGGCUCCACAAGAAAAAAGAUGGGGGAAAACUUGCUGGCAACGUCCUAAAGGAAAAGUUCCCAGAAGUACUAUCAAUGGCUAUUGAGAAUGCUAGACAGGGCGAGUGGGAAAAUCUUUUGACUGCUCACAAGGAUGAAAACUUUGCUAGGACCUGGAAUCUUGCGACGAAAAGAGUCGGUAGAUGGACUCUAGAAACCAUCGACGGCGGAUUGGCGAAAUGUGUGGCUAUAUCUGCAUGUGGGAAUUUCGGUUUCGUUGGGUCAUCCAGCGGAGGUAUUGGUGUUUACAACCUACAGAGUGGACAACCUCGUAAGAAGUACAGACUACACAAGAAGGCCGUAAGUGGCAUCGCUGUUGAUGGGAUGAAUAGAAAAAUGGUCUCCUGUGGUUUAGAUGGAAUCGUUGGGUUCUACGAUUUCAGCAAAUCCGCUUACCUGGGAAAGCUGCAACUGGAUGUUCCAAUCACUUCCCUUGUCUAUCACAAAUCGUCCGAUCUCUUUGCGUUGGCCCUCGAUGACUUUUCGAUUGUAGUCAUCGACGCCGUCACUCAAAAAGUUGUAAGACAGCUUUGGGGUCAUUCCAACAGGAUCAGCUCUCUGGAUUUCUCUCCUGAUGGACGGUGGGUCGUUUCAGCUUCUCUGGACUCUUCUGUCAGAACAUGGGAUUUACCAACGGGUACUUGUAUAGACGGUAUCCGACUCGACAGCGUCGCAACAAACAUCAAAUUCUCGCCUAAUGGCGACUAUGUGGCGACCACUCAUGUGCAUGGAAAUUGUAUCUCAAUUUGGACUAAUCGUGCCCAGUUCAAGCCGCUCCCAGCUCGUCAAAUCGAAGAACAAGAUUUCGCGCAUGUCUCGUUAUAUUCGUCAUUUGGAUACGCCGACGCCUCAAUGCUAGAGGGUGCAUUCGAGAACUCGUCAUCAAGUGAGAUGUCUGAGGAAGAUUUUGGGCAAUACCAAUCAGUAGAUCAGAUCAAUACUGACUUGAUAACGCUUUCGUUGGGACCCAGAAACAGAUUAAAAACUCUUUUGAACUUAGAUGUCAUAAGACAACGUUCCAAGCCUAUUGAACCACCUAAAAAGCCCGAGAAGGCUCCCUUCUUUUUACAAUUCUCUGGUGAAAAAGUCGGUGACGAUGCUAUCGCGAGAGAGAAAGAUGACUACGAGCAAUCGCUUGCAAAUGUGAGAGUUGAGCAAGAAAGAGAAAAGUUGUCGUCUGAAAUGGAAGAGAAAUUGCAGAAGCACAAACCUAGUACAGCCACAUUCGAAUCCAAAUUCACCAAGUUGCUUCGGGAAGGGCAUUCGAUUUCAAACUAUGAAUUGUUUCUGAACGAUCUCGUGAAUCUAUCACCGGCGUCUUUAGAUAUGGAAAUCAGGUCAUUGAAGUCGUUCGAGCCAUUUGAUGAACUUGUUUGGUUCAUGGAAGCGCUCGCCCAAGGUUUGAGUUCAAAUGCUAACUUCGAGCUGUAUGAGGCCUUCAUCAGUUUGCUGUUCAAGGCACACAGGGGAUGUUCUUCAUGCGAACGGCAAUAA